AUGCGCAUCAGGAGAUCAGUCGACGCAGCCGGCAAUCAGGCAGUCAGGGGGGGGACACGAGACUCGCUCCACUCUGACAAGGAUAACAGCUCAGAGAAGGCCGAUGAGUACGGUCAAGCGACAGCAGACCGACAGAGGCUUGUUGACCAUCGACAGGCGACCAAUAACUUCGCCGCUUCGCACGUCAGGUGGCGCUUUCGUGCUGAGCGGCUUGCCGCUCUGCCAUCCUCGUCUUCAACGCCCUCUUAUUUGUCGCGGUUGUUGGCCGUCAGGCUGUGA